AUCGACUCGGCAUGCGAAGGGGUUAUAGUAAACGAAACUUGGGUCAGAAGACAUCGUUUCCCCACCUAUACACUCAACAACCCCAUUCGCGUCCGGAACGUCGAUGACACCAUUAAUAAAGCAGGUCUCAUCCGAUCCGCCUUGGAUGUGAACCUCACCAUUCGGGACAUCAGGGGACGAACGCACACUGAACGCGUCCAGAUGUUUAUCUCCAAUCUAGGAAAGGACGACCUUAUCCUAGGAACAGAUUGGUUGAAAUACCACAAUCCCUCCAUCGAGUGGAGG